AUGGGGGAGAAAAGAAUUGACAAAUAUCUAUUCAAUCCUAAGGAUCUUAUUGGGGAGGGUUCUUAUGCUUAAGUGUUCAGAGGAAGAGAUGAAAAGACAGGAGUAAAGGUAGCUAUAAAAGUGUUAAACAAAUCUGUUAUAAAUGCGUAUUUUAGAUUGAUCGAAAUUUAGAGACGAUUAUUUAAGAGAAGGUUUGAUCUCUGAGAUAAAAGUGAUGUAGAAAUUGAAGAGUCCAAACAUAGUAUAAUUAAUGGAUGUGAUGGAAACCAAUAAUAAUUAUUAUAUAAUUCAGGAAUAUUGUGAUAGUGGAGAUCUAGAUAAAUUGAUUGAGAAGUAUUUAUAAUGUUAUAUCAUUAGUUAUGUAGCUUAAAAGAAAACUAUGCCUGAAAAAGAUGCUGUCAAAUUUAUGAUUGAUAUUUUGAAUGGAUUCAUUUAACUAAUAAAAAAUGGUAUUAUUCAUAGAGAUUUGAAACCAGCCAAUAUUUUAAUUGAUAAAGGAGUAUAUAUUACAAUUUAUAUUAUAGACUUUCAAAUUAGCAGAUUUUGGAUUUGCAAAAUGUGUAGACAAUUUUAAAAAGGAUAUGUUAGCAUCAUUAGUAGGAACACCAUUAUAUAUGUCACCAUAAAUAUUAGAUAAUAAGAAAUAUACUUCCAAAACUGAUAUUUGGAGUAUUGCUUUUAUCUUUUAUGAAGCACUAUUUGGUAAAAGUAAAUAUUCUUCUUUUUAUUUAGCUCCUUGGACUGCUAGAUCACCUUAAGAACUCUUAAAAAAUAUUAGAAGUCAACCAUUAUAGUUUAAAGGACCUUAAAUCUCUAAAGAAGCUUAAGAAUUUUUAAUUGGGUGUUUAUAGGCUGAAGAAAAAGAUAGAUUGUCUUGGGAUGAGAUCUAUCGACAUCCUUUAUUUAAAGGACAUUUUACUGAUUUUAUUAAAAAUGUCAGCAUUUUAGAAGAUAAAGCAACUUAUUUAAUUAAUGAUAUAAGAUAAAUGAUUAUUAAAGAAUAGAUUGAUAUAGGAGAAUUAUUUGCAGAACUGGACAUGACAAAAGAUAAAGCAUUAAAUGUAAAUGAGUUGGGAAAGUUCUUACAAAGAGUCGAUAAGAAUCUAACAAGAGAAGAAAUUGAAUAUAUAUUCAAUAAAUUUGAUGAUGAUGGAAAUAAUUUAAUAGAGUUUAAUGAAUUCAAAAAAUGGUUAGAAGAAAAUGAUGUAAAUUUUUAUUUAGUAUUUAAUUUAAGUGUAGAAUGACAGCAUCUGAAGUUAGCAGAACUAAAAAGAAAGUUAGUAUCCUCAUGAAACCAUAAUAAGAUAUUCAAGCAGGAUCUCUUGAUGAUAGAGCAAGGUCAGUGAUUGAAAAACUCAAGAUAUCAAUUGUUAAAUAUAAUAUUAAUCUUUUGGAUUUGUUUAAUAAAGUAAUCCUAAUUCUUUAUAAUAUUUUAGUAUGACAAAUCAGCUAAUCAUGAAUUAGAUGUUUAGGAAUUAGGAAAACUAUUAAAGAAAAUUGAUUAAACUGUAACAGAUGAAGAAGCUAAAGCAAUUUUUACCUUUUUUGAUCAUAAUAAAGAUGGAUCUGUAUCAUUUAAUGAAUUCGAGUUUGUAUUGAAAGAAUGCUUAGUUAAAUAAAAAAUCAAGUAGUGA